AUGGCAGCUAAGAUCAAGCCCCCUUCGGGUGAUUCUCUUCAUCUGUCAGAGUUGAGGAUUGUGCUGCUGGGAUACAAAGGAGCUGGGAAGAGUUCAUCAGGAAACACCAUCCUGGGCAGAGAGGAGUUUGAUACUUCAGGGAGAACAGCUCAGUGUGUGAAGAGACAGGGACAAGUAGCAGGGAGGCAGGUCACUGUGGUAGAGGCUCCAGGAUGGUGGAGGAAUUAUCAGUUAGAGGUUACUCCUGAACUGACAAAAGAGGAGAUUGAGCUCAGUGUGUCUCUGUGUCCUCCUGGACCCCACGCUUUUCUGCUGGUCAUACCUGUGGACAACUCAUUUGUUGAAACAUGCAAAAGAUCUCUAGAGGAACACCUGGAGCUUCUCAGUGAGAGAGUGUGGAGUCACACUAUAGUGCUGUUCACCUGUGGAGACUGGCUGGGAGACACACCCAUUGAGCAGCACAUUGAGAGUGAAGGAGAGAGUCUGCAGUGGCUGGUAGAGAAAUGUGGGAACAGAUAUCAUGUCCUCAACAAUCAGAAGAGAGAAGAUCGCAUGCAGGUUACACAGCUGAUGGAGAAGAUAGAAGAG